AUGGACAGCUGUCCGAUCUGCUUCGAAAGCCUCAGCAAAGGGGCCUGCAGGCUCGUUGAAUGCGGCCACAAAUAUCAUUUCAACUGCAUAAGGCGCUGGCACUAUCAUUCGAAGAACCUACAGUGUCCCACUUGCAGAAUCAAGUCCCGGCACCUCGAAGACAUUGAAAGAAAAGUCACAAUCAAUCUUGCCGAAUUUAGCGAUGCUAAUUUAGCUAUUUCUGAAAUUUCUGCGCAAAUGGGGAGCCUUGAGAUAAGGUCCAACGAAGUCCGGCAGGAAGAGACGAGAUGGAAUCUAGACUCCCUGGAGUGCAGACUCUGCGGAGAGUCUAAUGUUAGAACUAAUGUUUUUUGCCAGGAGUGCCACACAGCCUACCAUGAAAUAUGCCUUAGAACUUUGCACCUUGAGGUCGGAGACUUUAGCCGAUGCGUCGCAUGCUGCAAUUGCCACCAUAUAUUCGGGAGCUCUAGUAGGGAGCCGCCGGCAUCUAGGGAGCACUUGGCUCGCUUCCUGACGGAGCGGCCUGGUUUGCAUGCCGCGCGAACGCAUCCGCACCGCAGCAUUCGCGCGCCAACCUCAGACGGGUUCGAGGUUGUACAAUCCUGGCGGCUGCUAUCAGAGCUACAAGAAAAGUGUUGCCUUUUAGACCUAUCAGAGCACAAGCGUAAGAUCCAGGCCCAUGUACGAAAGGUUUUGAAUGCGCACUACUCCAAAGGGUCAGGUGCGAUCGCGACCAAGGAUCAAUACACCGAGAUCAACAAGGCCGUUUCCCGAAACUUGUAUCGGGUUUCUGAUAAUAAGUAUCAACCAGACAAGUUCGAUUAUGAUGUUGAAGCCUUGAGACUUAUCGCGAUUGAGCUUCGCAAGACUGGGUAA